AUGACCUCAGUUAUAAGUAAUAUCCCAAAAUCACUUUUUAUACAAUCAACUGUUACACCAGUUGGGAAAUUAAACUACAGACUUAAGCAUUUAAUAACUGUUAUUAGAUUUUAUCUUUACGUUGCUCCACUUACUGUUGUGAACACUAUUAAGAAUGCUAGUAAACGUCCACAACCUGCUACAAAAUGGAGUUUACUUAGAUUAGUUGGUACAGCAUUAGCUAGACAGUAUGCUUCAUCAACAUUCAAAUGGUCUUUACAGCCACCCGCAUCAAACCCAGUUAGGAGGAGAGUAAUUGAUACUUUCUUAGGCGAUGAUUUGAAAUCACAUUGCACAGAAAUAAAGAAAGUUGAUGAUAAAUAUUACACUGGCGAAUGUGAGCGUGCAAGAAGGUUCGUACAACCAGCUUCAAGUGUACCCUCAUUUUGGAUUUAUCCGAAAGAUAAGCCAUUUCAUUUGGACGACAUACAUGAUGAGAAAGUUUUACUUUUCUUACACGGUGGUGGAUAUAUUAGUGAAAAUCCACUUAGUCUCCCAAGCGGCGCUUAUGCAGUCAGAGAAACUGGAUAUAAAUGUCUCGCAGUUCAUUAUCGUCUUUCAGAUGGUAUAAACGCACACCCUGCUCCGCUUCAAGAUUGCACCACUGCGUAUAUCUAUUUAACACACAAACUUGGUGUCAAACCAUCAAAUAUCGCAAUAAUGGGUGACAGUGCUGGUGCAAAUGCUGCCAAUGCUUUAUUAUUCCACCUUCUUGAUUUGAAAGAAAGACAAGUUGACGUAGAUUUACCUAGCUUCGUUAGUUUAGUUAGCCCAUGGGGUGAUAUGACAAGUACCUUCCCUUCAAUCACCACAAACAGAGAAUGUGAUGUUUUACCACCAUUCUCAUCACAAUCAGAACUUGUUAGAUCUCAUUUGAAAUAUGCGCCUGAGAGUAUUUCAAACAAGUAUAACUCACCAGCACUUCAAGAAUCGUCUACAUUCAAACCAUGGAAAGAAAACAACUUGAAAGUUCACAUUCAAAUUGGUGAAGCUGAAAUUCUUCGCGACGAGGGUUUAGCAUUUGCACUUAAACUGAUUGAAGCGGGUGUAGAUGUUGAAUUCAGCAUGAUUGAAGGUGAAGUUCACGAUGCAGUUAAUAUUGAUCAGAAGGCAGAAAUUGCAAAGAGUGACUUCUUGAGAGGAUUAAGUGGUUUUAAUAGUUAGAUAUUUUUGUACUAUGUAUCAUAAUUACAGUUAUUUU